AAGUAUUUUUACCGGAAACGACGAGACGACGAGACAACGAUCGCUUUUCGAAAAAAUAUCUUUACUAGAGAUGACGGGACGACAACCAAGAAAGGUCAGUAUUUCGGUAUUUUGUUUGUUGGAACUAGAUAUUGCGGGGGAAGCUGUUCGUCUUAUGC